AAAAAUCUAGCUGGCUGCUUUCUUGGUUACGUGGUUUCCCAUUUCCGAUGAUUUCUCCCUCUCAGUGAAUUCCAAAGGACAAACGAAGAACGACGAUAGAACUCUCUUCAUUUUCAAUUUUCAAUUUCAAUUCCUUUGCAGCUUCGCUUACUAUUCAGAUUCAGACACACAAGCAUACCCUCUUCUCCCAUUCUGGAGCAAGGUUCUUCAUAUCUUGGGAGGAUUUGAGAUUAAGGUACAGUUCAAGGAGCUUUCAUUUGUUUUGAGAGAUGGGGGAGAAUUGACUUUGAGCUUCUCAGAGACUCCGCUCUACUUGUAAUCUCAUGCAGCGGAGCUUCUCUGAGCUACAUGUAUAAGCAAGAUGAUUGAACAAUUCAUAAAUUUCAUUAUUAGGCCUCCCAGGGCUGAGUAUGAUCCAGAGCAGUAUCUAUGGGAAAAGGAAUUCACCCUUGCAGGAAAAACAUACCAAAGGCAGGAUUUGGAGGCAACUCAAGAAUGCCAGAGGCUAUACCUUGCAGUGUAGUCAUUAUCUCCCUUCACCUUUCCCUGAAGAUACUUCUCUUCCUUGUGUUAUAUAUUGCCAUGGAAAUAGUGGAUGUAGGGCAGAUGCCAAUGAAGCUGCUGCUAUUCUUCUUCCAUCAAAUAUUACUGUUUUUACUCUUGACUUCUCAGGGUCAGGCUUAUCUGAUGGAGACUAUGUUAGCCUUGGUUGGCAUGAAAAAGACGAUCUCAAGGUGGUGGUGUCGCAUUUAAGAAGCAACAAACAAGUAUCUCAUAUAGGUCUCUGGGGACGAUCAAUGGGUGCAGUUACUAGCCUUCUUUAUGGAGCUGAAGACCCUUCUAUUGCUGGAAUGGUGUUGGAUAGUGCCUUUUCAAACUUAUAUGAUCUGAUGAUGGAGCUAGCUGAUGUCUAUAAAAUUCGACUUCCAAAGUUCACUAUCAAAAUGGCUGUACAAUACAUGCGGCGGGUUAUUGAGAAGAAGGCAAAGUUUGAUAUUAUGGACCUGAACUGUUUGCUGGUUGCACCGAAGACAUUCAUUCCCGUUUUAUUUGGACAUGGUAAUGAUGACGAAUUCAUUCAGCCUCACCACUCUGAUCUUAUCUCUGAAUCUUAUGCGGGAGAUAAAAAUAUCAUAAAAUUUGAUGGUGAUCACAACUCCUCUCGACCACAGUUCUUUUAUGAUUCAGUUUCCAUUUUCUUCUACAAUGUCCUCCGCCCUCCUCACAUUCGUAUAGCUCGUAAGCUUGAGAAAUAUUACAAUUUGGGGGAUUUAAAACUUGGUUCUGCUAGGAAUGAGAGCCUGUUAUAUGAGAUACUCUAUAGUCUACGGUCUGCAAUUACUGAUGCUGCAAGUUCAUCUUCUGCUCCUCCAAGCAUUUCAAACUCAACCACAACAUCAAUUAGUGAAUUUCUUUCAGAAGUUGCGCCUGCGACUGCUGCAGAUUCCAUGAUUAGAGAAGACACAACGCAUGGCUAUGAUGAACCUGGCCAUGAUGAGCCUGCUAAUGUAAAGGAUGAGCAAAAUGGCCUGCCUGAAGAUUAUUACUCAUUUACUAGCUCAACUAGAGAAAGCUGGGGCAGAUGUUCUUCUUUAGGACUCAGUGAUGCAGAAUCUUAUGCAGAUGUUGGUGGUGAUGAUAAUGGUUCUGAGGUAUUUGCAACAGCUCCGGGAAGCAUGAGAGAAAUAUUGGCAGACCCAAAAGAAGUUGAAAAGAGUCAAAAGAAGAAUAAAGCUGAAAAAGUUCCAAAGAAGCUUAGGUCUGACAGAUUUGAGAGGUUGGAGUCCCUCAGUCGACGCCUGCGACUUUGCAUUUUGAAGGGAUCUGCCCAUCGAAGACAUAAGUCUCUUGACAUGUCUUGAAUGCUGUUGUUGUGUCAUAUAGUUCAUCGAACUGUAUUUGUUUUCAUAACAUCAAUGUAACACUAUUGUUUUUAGGCAGUCCAUGAAAUUCAACUUGUUUGUAGGUGGACUAGUUGGUUCUCUUUCUUUUUUUGGGUACUUGGUUCUCUUUUAGGAAAUGUUCAACAUGUACUUAAGUGCAAAAAUAAUGGUCUCUCUCUCUGGCUCUGCUUUCACUACUUGGUUUAUGGUGGCAAGAAUGUGACUCAUUACUC